CAAAUCGACGUCGGACGGUGCUGUUAUUGUUCGGUUUGAAGAGUUUGGGGUGGUCGGUGCUUUGUUUUUAUUUUGGGGGCUUUAAGCUACCACUAGCAGGCUAAUUCCACUCAAAAUACAUCACCUGCUUGCCUGGGCUGAGGUUUAUUUUAAUAAUAAAGCAUCAUUUUAUCCAGGUAGUGGUAAGCUAACAAGUUAUUUCACCAAAGUAGCUGAUGGAUGCGCGGGUGUCGGAGUUAUUUGGCUCAGGAAAUGGACACUGCUCUGGAUCUCAAGGUGUUGCGUCCAAUGUCAAUCCGGGAAAUGGCUACGGGGUAGUCCCCAAAAAGGCUUGUGUAAAGAACAACAAGAAACCCAAGACUCGAUUCGCUCGAAACUUCAAACCAAGCAAUAACACCCCGUAUCUACCUCCAGAGGCUGAAGAGGGAAAUAUAGAGUACAAGCUAAAGCUGGUGAACCCCACGCAAUACCGCUUUGAGCACCUGGCUACACAAAUGAAAUGGCGACUGCAGGAGGGCAGAGGUGAAGCUGUUUAUCAAAUAGGUGUUGAAGAUAAUGGCAUGCUGGUGGGACUAUCAGAGGAAGAUAUGAGGACGUCACUAAAGACGCUGCACAUGCUGGCAGAGAAAGUUGGAGCCGACAUUGCUGUUCUCAGAGAGAGAGAGGUGGACUACGACUCUGAUGUGCCUCGUAAGAUUGCUGAAGUUCUCAUUCGCAAGGUGCCAGAUGACCAGCAGUUCUUGGACCUGCGAGUAGCUGUACUGGGUAACGUGGACUCGGGCAAGUCCACUAUGUUGGGUGUUUUGACACAGGGUGAGCUGGACAAUGGACGGGGAAGAGCGAGGCUUAACCUCUUCAGACAUCUACAUGAGAUCCAGACUGGACGCACUUCAAGCAUCAGCUUUGAGAUCCUUGGCUUCAAUAGCAAAGGAGAGGUUGUGAAUUACAGCGAGUCUCGGACAGCAGAGGAAAUUUGUGAGAGUGCCUCUAAAAUGAUCACAUUCAUUGAUCUGGCGGGUCACCACAAGUACCUGAAGACCACCAUCUUUGGCCUCACCAGCUACUGUCCGGAUUUCGCUAUGCUGGUCGUCAGCGCAAAUACCGGAAUUGCUGGAACGACACGGGAGCAUCUUGGACUUGCCAUGGCCCUGAAGGUGCCCAUAUUCAUCGUCAUCAGUAAGGUGGACCUCUGUACGCGGGCCACAGUGGAGCGCACUGUGCGGCAGCUGGAGCGUGUCCUGAAGCAGCCGGGCUGUAACAAGGUGCCCAUGGUUGUAAGCAAUACAGACGAUGCUGUCACAGCAGCACAGCAGUUCGCCCAAUCACCCAACAUCACACCCAUCUUCACCGUGUCCAGUGUGUCUGGAGAGAGUCUAGACUUGCUCAAGGUCUUCUUCAACACCAUCCCUCCUCUCAGCAACAGUAAGGAGCAGGAGGAGCUUAUGCAACAGCUAACUGAGUUUCAGGUGGAUGAGAUCUACACAGUGCCAGAGGUGGGGACUGUGGUGGGAGGUACUCUGUACAGUGGUAUUUGCCGUGAGGGAGAUCAUCUUGUAGUAGGGCCCACAGACUCAGGCCAAUUCCACAAGUUGACCAUCGGGAGCAUCCAAAGAAACCGCUCAGCAUGCAGGGUACUCAAGGCCGGUCAGGCUGCCACACUCGCCCUGGGCAACUUCGACCGCUCACUACUACGCAAGGGCAUGGUGAUGGUGAGUCCGGAGAUGGAUCCUACCAUCUGCUGGAUGUUUGAGGCUGAGAUUGUGCUGCUCUUCCAUGCCAAGACUUUUCACAAGGGCUUCCAGGUUACUGUGCACAUUGGCAAUGUGAGACAGACCGCCACUGUGGAAGCUGUAUAUGGCAAGGAGGAGCUGAGGACAGGGGAGAAAGCAGUGGUUCUCUUCAAGUUCAUCAAGCACCCAGAAUACCUAAAGGUGGGAGCUAAAGUUCUCUUCAGAGAGGGCGUGACUAAAGGGAUCGGUCACGUCACCAAAUUGCAGCCCAUUGCCCAGUACCGGCCAUCCCAAAGUGAGGAUGACGAAGCCUAAGUUUCUCAGAAAAAACAACAGAAAGAACCGUCCCACCCAAAAACGAGGUGCUUUAUAUAAACAUCCUCCAGCUUUCUCCAAAGGCCACUCUAACCUGUUCAUUAUCUCUCUUGUUUUAUCACCCUUUUCCAAAGCCUUUGUUUCACCAUCCUCUUAAUUUUUCUCCCUCAUCUUUUUAAAUAACUCCUGAUUUAUAUUAGUCUGCUUUCUGGUGUCGAGGUUAAAAGAGUGUUGCUUUUCACGGCACUGUUAAAGGUCCCAUGACAUGGUGCUCUUUGGAUGCUUUUCUAUAGACCUUAGUGGUCCCCUAAUACUAUAUCUGAAGUCUCUUUCCCAAAAUUCAGCCUUGGUGCAGAAUUACAGC